CGUCCACUCAACCAGCAGAUCGAGGAGCCAUAUGGGGGAUCACGCAGCCCUGGCCGCGCUCGCCGUCGCCUGCGCGGUAAUGGCGGCCGCCUCGGCGCAGCUGUGCGGGCAGCACGCGGGGGGCAUGCUGUGCCCGCACAACCUCUGCUGCAGCCGGUCGGGCCUCUGCGGGCUGGGCGCCGACUACUGCGGCGCCGGGUGCCAGAGCGGCGCCUGCUGCCCGAGCCUCCGGUGCGGCGCGCAGGCCGCGUGCCCCGGCAACCUCUGCUGCAGCGCGCGCGGCGUCUGCGGCCUCGGCCUCGAGUACUGCGGCGCCGGAAGCGGCGGCGCCGCCAACGCCACGUGCGGCGGCGUCGCCGGCGGGCGGGCCUGCCCCGGCAACCUCUGCUGCGGCCCAUACGGGCGCUGCGGCCUCGGCGUCGAGUUCUGCGGCGACGGCUGCCAGAGCGGCGCGUGCUGCGAGCAGCGCUGCGGGUGGCAGGCCGGCGGCGACGGCUGCACCAACGGCUACUGCUGCGGCCGGCUCGGGUACUGCGGCAUCGGCGGCGAGUACUGCGGCGCCGGAUGCCAGAGCGGCCCGUGCGUCGACGCCGGCGGCGGCGAUGCGGCCCGUGCCGUGGGAGACCUCCUCAACCGGACGGCUUCUGCUGCUGGAACCAAGGCGUCUUUGCCGCAGUAGUCCCUGCGCCUUAUGGCAUGGCUUGUGUGCGUUCAAAUAAAUUCAUCCAACAAGGCAACAAUGCAUAUGUAUAUCUAUGCACACGGUGGCAUGCAUAUGCGUGGAUAUUGUUGGGGAGCACACAUAUGUCCUUGCUAUGAUGUAUAUGAAUUAUGAAUAAAAGCUU